GUUUUCUUUCUUUUCAGAAGGGAAUGCUAGUUCGAGGUUAAAGUAGUAUUCGUGGAAAGAUAUAAUGUCGGACCGAGAAAGUGGGGAUGAACAGCAUCCUGCCCAAAGAGGGCAGAUGGUGCCUCAAGGGGAGCAGGAGCUGGCUACGAAAAUGCUCCAAAUACAAUCAAAAAGGUUUUAUUUGGAUGUUAAACAAAACAGAAGAGGACGUUUUAUUAAAGUUGCUGAGGUUGGCGCUGCUGGAAGGAAGAGUAGACUACUUCUAGCAAUGUCUACAGCUGCUGAAUUCAGAGACCAUUUAACUUCAUUUAGUGAACUUUAUGCUUCUUUAGGUCCACCAAAUCCUGAUAAUUUGCCAGAAGAUGGAAAAUUAAAGAGUGAAGUUAUGGUGAAAGAUAAUAGGCGAUAUUAUUUGGACCUCAAAGAAAAUUCUCGUGGAAGGUUCCUAAGGGUUUCCCAAACCAUAGCCAGAGGUGGACCACGUUCACAAAUUGCGAUACCAGCCCAAGGUAUGAUAGAAUUUCGAGAUGCUCUCACUGAUUUGCUAGAAGAAUUUGGAACUGAUGAUGGAGAAUUUAAAGGAGAACUACCAGAAGGUCAACAUAUGAGAGUAGAAAAUAAAAAUUUUUAUUUUGAUAUUGGACAAAACAGCAGGGGAAUUUAUAUGCGUAUAUCAGAAGUUAAGAGUAAUUUGAGAACAGCCAUCACCAUUCCAGAGAAAUCUUGGUCCCGCUUUCGAGAUAUAUUUGCUGACUAUGUAGACAAGAUGAAAGAAUUAUCCGAGAAAUCUGCUACAGGUGGUAAAUGAAGUUCUAUCUAGUGCCCAUCCUGAGCAAAAUCAAUUGUACAGAGACAUUAGUAGUAUGCGACACGUUCUUUGCAGAUUCCGACUGUCCCGCUGGUGAUUGUUUAGGUGCUGUUAUUUGUUCCCGGUGAAUGACUGUUUUCUUUGUUGCGUCGCUAAGAGAUAAAUAUUAAAACAAAAGCUUUGGCCCAUGCUACGCUGGGCCUUGUCUUUAUGGACCAGAAACCCGGUGAAAAUAUGGAUGCUAUAGCUGUUGUUUGUUUUGUUAAGUAUUGGUUUCUGAGAUUGUUCAGUAUGAACAGUUGCAGAAGUGCAUUUAGGUGAAUAAUUAUGUCAAAUUGCUAUUUUCAAAACUUAGUUUAAAAAAAAAAAAAAAAAAAGAAUUGUACUUGAUGAAUUUGAAGAUUUCAUUUCUACACUGAACGGGUGAUCAUUUUCAGAGUAUGUAUGUAUAUAUCUUUGCAUUGUUUAGAUUUUAAAAAUUUAUUAAUUUUAUUUGAUACAGGAUUUCAGUUUGUAGUUCAUUAUUUUUGUACAUGUACAUACAUAAUGUAUGCUGCUGCUACAGAUCUUUUGUAUGCACAUCUACCUUUCUGGAAUGUUCACUGCAAGACAUAAAACUGUUUCAGAAUUGUUAAAUGUGAAAAGACAGUAUUAUACUUGAAGAUUUAUUGUUAUUGUCUGAACCUAAGCAUUGAAAAAAAAAAAUGAAUUCAUUAUUUCAUCUUAGACUAAUAGGUAAAUCUUCCUCUUAGUCUUCUUUAUUCCAUAUUUUGGCAUGUUACUUUAAGACCUUAGUUUAACACUCGUGAAUUUUGUGAUUACCUCUGCAGUGUAGUGUGUUAUAUAUUUUUUUAUUUCCAAUUUUUAAAAUUCUCUAAAUUUUUGCUUCCGCACUGUUAAUACUACAACUUUUUCAUUUAAAUUCUUUCUCUUAGCAUAUCCUUCAAAAGCAGCCUGAUGUUGCAUCGAAAAAUUUUAUCAUUAAAUUUCAGCUUUAAAAGUUAUCAGAGUGGGAUUGCGUUUCUAAAGUCUCCAGACCUUUAAUAACAUUUUAUAGUUCAUGACUAAUGCUUCGAGGAAGUCAUUUGUUAUUGAUGAAAUUAUGGAACAUUUUGUGAUAAUGGGACGAUAAUCUUCAAAAGAUAUAUUAGAAAUGAAAGUUCGUUUUUAUUUUAUUGAAAAAUAUUUGCUCUAGGGCUUUUAAAAGAAGGUUUGAAUUGCAAACUGGAUGUGGGGCCACUUGGUAUAAAAAGACCUACAAAAAUGUGUAACAAUCAAAUGGCAGAAUGCCUUCUGAUACUUAUCAUACCUGUUAAAUAUUUGGUGAAAUAACUAGUUAUACUUGUUACCUAAUAUGUCUUUCAGAAUUUGUAUAAUAAGUUAGUGAAUGUACUGUUAAAAAUGAGAUUUUGGAAACGCAACUUACUGUUUUAGUGGUUUCGAUUGAAAUUUGGCUGUGAAGUCAUAAGGAUUCACUGGUAUAUAAACCUCAUUAUGUACAUAGAGCUGACAGUAUAGUAGAUUUGAACAUGCUGCAAGUAAAUUAAACUUGCCUGCAUCCAAAGUAAAUAUUUACUAUGCUUUGUCAGCUGUUUUUUGCUGUAACCAUCUGCAUUUUAAUCACUAUCAGAUAUAUGUAUACAGAUCCCAGUGAAUCUUUUUUGGCUUCGUUUGCUGAUUGCUUAAGAGCUUGAUGAAACAGAAAGCUGCUUUUUCAAGAAGUUGUUGCUUGUUACACUAUUUGAACUAUUUGCUGAACAGAAAUAUGUUCAGAAGUUUAACCCAAAUCAAAAGAGAAAAGAAAAAUCUUGAAAUAUGUAUUUUCUCCUACGAUGUAAAAUUUUUGGGUGGGAUCAGUAAAGAUAAUAUUGAAAGUGAAAAAUUACUACAUUCACUGUAGUUUUAGUCUGUUGAAAACUUACUAGCAGUCUUUCUCUGUAUAUAUCAAAAGUCUUUUUGGAUUGACUUAAAAUUAGGACACAACUUUGUACAUUUUUAUGGGCAGUUUGAAGUUUUUCUUUAACUAUAUGGUUCAAAGAUAUAGGAGCCACAAAGCGAAUAUAUUAAGUUCUAAGAUGCUCUUGUAUUUUGUAUGUACAUAUUUGUGUAUUAAGUGAUCUUAUAUAUUGCCUUUUGUUUGUUUCUCUUAAGCUCACCUACUGGAAUUCAAAAUUUAUUUUAAAGUAUUUUUUCUUUGAUAUUUUUGAAGCCCUAAAGAUUAUGUCACAAGCUAUAAUUUUGUUUUUGAGUUAUCGAGUAUUAACAAUUUUCUGUUGAGUGUAGUAGAUUUAUUUAAAGUUUUUGAAAUUUUGAUUUUAUUUCACAAAAAAAUAUCAAGCCGAUAUGUGUAUAACUUGUAUUCCAAAAUUGCUGUAUUUUUGAAUUUUACUGAACUUGUGUGUCAGUAUAACUAGAUGUAUCUAUUCUUUUGAUAUAAAGACGUGUUAAAUUAUGUUAAUAUUACUGCUAAGAAAUAAGUUUUUGAGUCUUGUUAAUGUUGACGUUGUGCUUUGUAAUUAGUGUUUAACACUGGGCUGUUAAGUAAGAGCCUGGAAGUUAUUGUAAGCAUGGCACUCAUAUGAAAGAUAUAUUCAAUUGCAUUGGAAUUGCCGUUAUUUUUUCUGGAUAGUUGUGUUUGAAUGACUUAUCUAUAGCAGUUCAAGAUAUUGUGGUCCUUAGGUGAGCUGCACCUGAUUUUAUUUACAAAAUUCUAAAUGAACUUUGUCAAAUGCUGUUGUUACAUAAGUCUGUUUGCAGUGACAAAGAGAGUUAUUUCUCACACACCGGCCAUUGCUAGCUAUACUUUUCUAUUAGCAGUUACUGCCAGGCUGCUGUUUUUCAUAAAAAAAUAAAAACUUUAAUGUUAAUUCUAAUACCAUGCUGAGUGUUUUAAGUUUGAAAAUAUUUUGGACAAAAGUUAUGUGGGCCCCCUCUUCAGCAUUCUGUUAUCUGUGUGUCCCUUCUUGAAAUGGAACACUUUUUUGGAAUUAUUUUAUGGGGUAACAUAGCAAUCACACUGCCACUCUAAAAUAAUUUACUGGGUUUUUAUGCCCGGUAAUAUGCGCAUCUAGAGAAUUUGAGACGUUAGUUAUUUGUUUGUUAUAUUGUUGUAAAAUAAAUGUUAGUGCAGCACUAUAGAUUUGUUUUGUUGACAAUUAUCUAUUGUUUCCUUAUAUAAAUCUGAUUGCUAAAAUUCUUGCUUUGUGCAAGGGCAGAUGUUGUGCAAGAUGUCUAUUUGUGAUAGACUUCCUAAAAACUGUGGUGUCCUGUAGCUUUAGAAAUCAAUCCCGGUGUUUUUCUUCAGUUUUUGUAUAAUGCAGAUAGUGUAUAGUAUUUCUUUUGUUUUAUUCUUGGAAGAGGUUUAAUCUGUUGAUUUGUUCUUAUUUAGGAAACUUUAAAUUUUUUAUUAUUUUUUUAAAUUAUCCCAGUUUAAAAAAAAAAACCCAAAAAGUAUAUAUUAGAAAUUUUUGUUGUCUUUUGUUCCUAAUUAUAUUAUUAUUAUUAUUGUAGAUAAAAAAAUAUUAAGAAUAUAUUUCUCUAUUUUCUAUAUUAUAUUCAUUUUGGAAACAUGCUUUGUUUUUUUCAUCCUAAGAGAUGUAGAAUUCCUGUCUGCUUGUUGCCAUUUUUAAAUGUUUUUUCUGUCUGUAAAAAAUAUAAUAUUUGAAAGCUGUUUGAGAAGAAAAAAAAAAUGUAACUUCAAUGAAUAUGAUCUCUCAGUGUGAAUUUUUUAUGUAUUGGGAUGGAUAUUGUCUGCCCUUGCUAUUAUUUUUUUUUUUUUUUCAUAAUAUUGGUUUAAUUUUUUUUAUAUUACUUAAGCUGACAGUGUUUAUUUACUUUUGUUUCACCCACAUCAGAGCUUUAAGGAAGAGAUUAGUGGGGAUAUUGUUAAAACUGCACAGUUUUAUGACUUAUGUAAAACCAUUUGUAGAUAUAUUUGUGAAAUUUUAUGUAACUUACUAUGUUUUAAAAAUAUUCCUCUAUU